UUCACCCUCCAUAUUCCCGAGCCUGUCCCCCCCCCAGUCCACCCGUCAAAAGGAGAAGUAUACGGCCUGCCAUGUCCCACAAGAUGGCGGACUUCGCGUCACCAAGUAGCUCCCGUUUCGCGAGCCGGGCGGCUAUCGCCUCGCUCUCCCUCUUCCAUGGAUCGACUCCUCUCCCUUGAGUCUAUUCGUUCCGUUGUUCAAAGUUCCCUCCCUCACGUCGCCGUCGAGUCUAUCAGUCUAUUACCGCCCGACCGACUUCUGAGAUCGUUCAGCAUCAAGAUUUCAGAUGAUAGAGUGCUGCUCCUCAGCCUGCCGCCACCCCGGACGCAGAGGAUACUGCGAUCAGAACAGGCUGCGAUCCUAUCAGAAUACCUAGCGACGAAAUGGAUCCUUGAAGAGGUACUCAAACCCACCCACCAGGUUGAAGCAACGCCUCGCGAAGCCACAGAAAUCCAGUCGCAAGCCGACCAUCCGUCGGGGCCAAGGGAACGGGAGGCCAACGUGGGGGAAAUGCGGAAUUCGACAGGGAAUAUACUCAGAUACCUGCCCAUUCUCAUAACCCACUCUUCCUUGACGACGGAGUUGGGCGUGCCCUUCAACCUCUUCGAGCCCACGAGGGGGGUGCCUAUCUCUGGACUCACGACGCCCCUGACGAGAGCUGAGAGAGGGGCCAUAGAUUUCCAGCAGGGGAUGCUUUUGCGACAACUUUUGGCGCUCACGUCGCCGAACGGACGCUUUGGACUCGCUACGGCUGUCGUCGGACCCCUAGAGACGGCUGCUGAGCUUCCGGGCACGCGUCAGACUCCUCUAGGCUGUCGUGGCGCAAGUACUUGGAGAAAUGCAUUCCAUUCCCUGUUAGAGGGCGUUCUAAGAGACGCGGAAGACAUGGCCGUAACGAUAAGUUACGAACCAAUCAGGGCACAUUUCAACAGGAUAAGCCAUGUUUUGGAUGGUGUUACAACAGCUAGAUUAGUAGUGUUGGACGCGAGCAACGAGGCUAAUGUCUUGUUAUCGAGAUCCACGAAAUCCGCAAAAGACGGAGACGGAACGAACCCACGAUCGGCAUUGGGUCCAGUGUCGAAAAAAUCAGAAACGGAGACAGAGGCAGCUACCAAGGAGCAGACAGGCACACACGAAGAGAAAAGAGAAAGUCAGGGCGAAGACUUGCCCAGACACCAGGCGCCAACUAUCACUGUCACCGGAUUGCGCGACUGGAGCAACUGCAUCUUCGGUGAUCCUCUGAUGGCCGAAGUAUUUAGCCUUGGCCCCACGCCCGAAUUUCUCCGCGGUUUCAAUCAGCGGCGAGAUGGUUCCUUGUCCUCGUCUGCGUCGGGACCGGUAGUCUGGUCUAGUACUGCCGAUGUCCCUGGGCAAGAAAGCGUGGGGGAGGGCGAGAGCCUCCCGUACGACGGCGACGUUAUCGAGGACCGCGAGAACGCACGAGCACGCCUGCUGUUGUACGAGUGCUACCACGCCACGGUGCACGUAGUCGAGCAAUUCUACCGCCCGGGCCGCAAUAGUAGUGAGCGCGAGAUUGCUGCUCGCCGCCGUCUCACUGCCGUCCUGGCCAAGCUCGAGGACUUCGACGAGAUGACCGGUGACAAGAGGGCGAGGCGACCUAGCGGUGCCCCGACGUGGCCAGUUAAGAAGGUGAAAGCAGACCUGAGCAAGGACGCGGACACUAGGGUUGGGACAGAGAGUCCGGAUCCUGAGGGGAAAAGGACAUCGGGGCAUGGCAGUAUAGACUUGGACUAAGGACGGAAAACCCGCAAAAGCAUAAUGCGGUACGUGUGGGGGAGGCCAUUAGAAAAGGGAAUAGGAUGGCGUGUGGGUAUUUACAUAACACACGGGACGGACCUUAUUAGCAUCAUAUCCUGGAGUUGGUUACAAGCUGCAUCGGAGACAGCGGGUGAUGUCUAUACGUAAUGUCUGUAUGUAUGUAUACCUGAACGAUUUUAUAAAUGG